AUGGAAAAUAAUGUAGCAGUGAUAUCAAAGAGAGUAUGGAGUCUUGUACGUGCUGCCUUCGUCAUGACGAGAAAAGGAAUAUCAAAGGGUAAACUAAUGAUGAACUUAAACAUCAUACUCAAACGCCACACCAAAUUUGCAGGAAAAGCCGUUGCCAAUUUAAUAUCCCACCAUCCCAGCCAUGGUGGCUCCAUCUCAAACAGCCUCUCCCACGACUCACGCCACCAAUUCACUUCCUCAAGGGAGUACGAGUUCAGCUGUAGCAACACUCCCAACCACUUCUUCUCAAUAGGGAAGCGUCGCCACAUCCACAACCGCAAUCACAAUACUCAAGCGCCACCUACACAUGACAAUGAGGUGACGACUAUGAAUGAAAUGAAGGCAGUGUUGGAGAUGCUUAACAAUGAUCAAGCGAUUGUAGAAGUGUCUCCAGAUUUCCCUUUAAGAGAUGAUGAUGAUGAGAAGGACAAUCAAGUAGAUAAAGCAGCGGAAGAUUUCAUAAAAAGGUUUUACAGUCAAUUGAGGAAUCAAGAUUGA